AUGAAGCUGACCAACAUGUUAUCAACCUCCAGUUUCGAGGGCGCUCGGCUGAAGGCCAGCUUCCUCGGAGCCAUUUUGCUCUCGUCCGCUGGUCAAGCAGUACCUCUUUCUUUCAACAGCUCAUUGACCGCUCAUUUGCCCUCGUACGGCUCUUUUAUCGGAACAACUUUGAACACCACUACGUCCGGCUAUCCUCUCGCAGCCCCCGUCGACGUUUGGUAUGGCAUCGACUUUGCAGAGCAACCCAUUGGCGAUCUCCGUUUGGCUCCGGUGGGGUGGCCCUCUGCAUUCAACGGGACAAGAGACGCCAAGUCGUACGGCAAGGUCUGCAUCCAAGAGCCAGGAAAUUCAAACCUGGUCUCUUACAUCAAGACUGAACUGGAAUAUGGCGAGGACUGCCUCAAUCUCAACGUUUACAGGCCUUCGGGGUUUGGUCCGGAAGAUAAGCUACCCGUUUUGAUCUGGAUCCAUGGAGGCCUGUAUCGCAACGGCGCGGGUAUUAUCUUUGACGGCGCCUCAUUCGUCGCAUCGUCUCCUGAGCCUCUCAUUGUCGUGACCUUCAACUACAGACUGGCCGCCCUCGGUUUCCUGGCCUCUCCCGCGUUCUCAGAACUCGGCAUCACCAACCUCGGUCUCCAGGACCAGCGUCAACUGCUCCACUUCGUUCGCCGAUACAUUUCAUCAUUCGGAGGCGACCCGGAACGUGUUACCCUGGGAGGUAAAUCAGCGGGUGCACAUUCCGUUGGCUUCCACUACCAGAACCCGUUUGCUCCUGGGGAGGAGCUCUUCCACCAAGCCAUCUUUCAGUCAGGCGGGCCAACUGGCCGCUCGUUCCCCGAAGCAUCGGACCCGGUCACCGUUAAGCAGUUUGAGCAGUUCCUUGGGCGGGUAGGCUGCCAUGUCAACGAGACCACCGAGGCACAGCUGGCGUGUCUGAGGGCGGUUGACGUCGGCCUCGUCGAGAGAACAGCGAGGGAUCUCUUGGCCGAAUACCGGUACAAUGGCACUCAUCCUUUCCAGGCUGUUUCCAACGCUACCAUCAUUCCCCGUCUUCCCUCCGAAACCUGGGAAUUGGGAUCGUGGAACCGCGUGCCUGCUCUGGUAUCUUUCAUCACCGACGAGGGUAGCAUGUACGCGCCCACAAACCUGACCACGGACGACGAGGCCUGGGGCUGGCUUUCCAACCUGUAUCCGAACCUUGACCAAAUCGACAGGGAGACAUUUGACCGCCUGUAUCCGGAUCCUCAAACAAACCCCGGGUCCCCGUAUGUGGACGCACGAGGGCAGUCUGCCCAGUUCACACGGCUGUCAGACGCGUAUGCCGACACCGCUUACAUCAGCGUUGUGCAAGACAUUGCGUUCCGCCUUGCGGCGGAAGGGGUUCCUGUGUGGAAGAUGCACUGGAACACCAACAACAGCAUCACCCCUUACCUUGGGUUUUCGCAUGGCUCUGACGUCCCUUACGCCUGGGCCGAGCCGGAUACGCAAUACCCCGAGGCAGGGACGGUACUCGCGAGAUACUACGCGAGCUUUGUCGUCGGUGGCGACCCGAACCCCUUCAAGGCGCCCAGUGCCGUUGACUGGAUUCGGUACAACGGUGCAGGCUCUGAUGGUCUGGGUUGGCAGGUGAGGGUCAGCGCGAAUGAAACGCGGAUCGAGAAGGAUGACAUCAGGAGAGAGGCCAUUGAGUUCUGGAGGGCAAACUCGAGAAAGCUGGAUCAUUGA